UCUUCUAUAUCAAUCUCUUACUGUAUUAUAUAUUUGCAGUAAUCGUGUGAGAAAUCAUUUCCGGGUAAUUUUUAUUUUUCUUAGCAGUUUCUUAGUGAGUGAGAAAAAAAAUUUAUAGCACCAAAAGGUUCUUUGAAAAAUUGAAAAAUUAGACGUUGAAAACUGAAUUGAUAGGUUCUAAAAACGAUUAGAACUACCUUAAGAUUUACGGCAGUAUGAUAAGAUCAACUAUUCAUCAUACUCCAGCUGGAUACAGUGGUAGUAGUAUAAUAAGAAGGUUUCUUUCCUCAAGUUCUAGAAUAAAUCAAGAUGCCUCAAAAUCAUCAUCAAACAAAGAACAAUCAUCAUCAUCAUCAUCCAAAUCAAAUAAUAACAAUAAUAGCACAAACAUACCCACAUCAGAUAAUAAAGUGACAGAUCAUGUUCAAUUCUUAAAACAAUACUAUACUCCUGAAUUAUUACAAAGUAUUCAAAUCACCGAAUCAUUAAUUGAUCCAAACGAUGUCUUACAAUUAAAAAUGCGAGGAUUUAGAGGGAAUUCAAAAGUUAAACCAACUGAUGAAUUUUCCGAUUAUAGUACUAAUGAUCCAAUAUGGGAUGAACCUAUUGUAUAUCCUAAUCAAGCAUCCAAACGUACUCCAUACCCUGCCAUUCCUAAUGCCAGAGCUGCUGAUAGAUCUGAUUUACAUUUAAGAUUUGUUGAUAAAACAACUAAUGAAAAGAAAGUUACCUCUUUAAGAACUACUCGUCAAAUUGCCGAUGAUUUAUCAAAAUUAACUGGGUUAGAUGCAAGAUAUAUCAGAAAUUUAUAUAUCAGACCUAUCAUUAUGAAAAGAGUUUCAUUAAAGACUUCUAAAGGUAAUAUUCCAAAUUUCUUUGUUUUAACUGUUGCUGGAGAUAGAAAUGGUACUAUUGGUUUAGGAAUUGGUAAAUCAAGAGAUGGGAUCAGAACUGCAGCUGUCAAAGCUCAUUGGAAUGCAGUUAAGAAUUUAACUCCAAUUCCAAGAUAUGAAGAUCGUACUAUAUUAGGGGAUUUUGAAUAUAAAUAUCAUGCUGUUAAAUUAUUUAUGAAAUCUGCUCCAGCUGGGUUUGGAUUAAGAGUUAAUCAAAAUAUCUUUGAAAUUUGUCAAGCUGCUGGUAUUAAAGAUUUAAGAGGUAAAGUUUAUAAAUCAAGAAAUCCCUUAUUGGUUGCAAAAGGGUUUGUUGAAGCUUUAACUAAACAAAGAUCAAUUGAAGAUUUGGCUGCUGGUAGAGGUAAGAAGAUUGUAGAUUUAAGAAAAGUUUAUUAUUCUCAUUAAUCUCAUUCUGCAUAACAUUAUAUCAUAUCAUAUCAUAUCACAUUAUAUAGGUAAAUUAUAUACUUGUACAUAACAAUCAAUAUACUUAUAAAUACAUUCAUAAAUUUAUAA